CAGCAGCAAAUGGAAAUUCAAGAGCACCAAAAGGAUUCAAAUCCUCAGAGCAGGUCACAGGAAAAAAAAAAUCAAUGAUUACUUAAAACCCCUGUGUGGAUGUGGAUGGUGAUGUAAAGGGAGCAGUCAGAAGGCAGGAAGGUACAGGGAGAGUUCAGCCCUUCCACAACCAUCAUCUUUCUGCAGAGGUGACACUGCAUUUAAACCUCUGCUGUCACCCCCACAGCCAGUUCUUCUCCUGUGCACUUAUUUAAGACUAAAGGCAUUGCCUCUGGGCAAAUCCAGCAUGGGCUGAGGUGGAAUGUUAAGGAUCCAACCCCAGGGUGCUGCACAGGGAGCUCACCUGUCCUGCCCUUGGACCAGGCAGGCUGCUCUGCCCAAUUCCUAGUGAGGCAUAAUCCAAUAUUCUGCAGCCCAGGAGCUUGGGUGGGGGUAAAAUGGUGUUUAUUGUGACAGGCUGUAAGUCCUGGUGCCCUGUGUGACCAGGUCAUGGGCUGUCUGCUCUCAUGCCUGUCUCAGAGAGGGCAAUGGCACUUCUGUGCCAAAAGAGAUGGAAAUCAAACAAUUCCGUGGCUCUGGCUGGUGCAAAGAACGCCUGUGGUGUGCUCUGUGCCUUGGGAUAGGUUUGGGUUUUCUGGUCUUUCACUUGGCAGGGAUUACAGGAUCCUCUGUGCCCCCAUUCUGGGGGGACACAACUGCCUGCUGGCAGAGCUGUCUCCUGUACCUGCUGCUUUAGCCCUCACUGGCUGCUGGGCCCCAAGCACUUGUGUUGUUUGCCAAUCCUGUCCUCCACUGAGACUCUCUCAUGAUUGUCCCACUUUCCAGGGGUGUUUUUUACCUCUAUCUACCUGCUCCCCAAUUACUCCCCUCAGUCUCAGUGCCCCAAAUGACAGGGCUGUCAGGGAGUGACUCAUGAGCACAGGCUGAGCUGAAAGGUGCAAUUUAGGAGGCUCAUGUCCCAUUUGUGGGGAAUUUAGUGCUGCCAAGAGCCCAGCAGGGAUCAUUGAUUUAGCUCUCCCUAUAGAUCAAACCCCAGCACUCACUGCUGAACUGCUGGAGCAUCUCUCCAGGGAAAAAGCUGUGGCCAGUCCAGAUAUUCUGUGGGGUCCCUGCCCAGUUUCCAGUGAUGGAUGGGAAACUGCUACUUGGAGACUGAAUCCCAGGGAACUUGAGUAAUUUCCUACUGAAAGCUUUUAAAACGGGGACUUGCUUCCAAGCUCCUUUCUCCCAGCUGAAAAGCUACUGGGAUAUUUGGGCUUAUUUGGAGAUGAACCACUCAGAGCCUCAGAGGAUCCUGUGAGGCUAUUUCACACAUAAAAAUGAAGAUAUCAAGAUGACAAACCCAGCAGGUUGUGCACGGGGGUGAGGCAGUGGUGGCUGCUCCAGGGGAUUUCUUCCAUGUGCCCAACAUAAAAACAAUGGCAUCACUUCAUAAUGGCUUGGAACUGCUGCUCUAACGAGGGAAAACUGUUUUUCUCUAGCCAGAGAUUUUCUCUGGUGUAUUAAAUGAAGGAGGGAGGCCUUGCUCUUAUCAAGUUACCACGUGGAAGCAGAUUACUGUUAUUCAUCAUCUUAUACCAAUUAGUGUGAUAAGGGACAGCCCUGUCAUGGCAUGACCAAGAACUUCUGCCUCAGAUCAUCAGAGACCCCUGGAAAAGCCAAACUCCAGCAGGGCACAUUGGAACACAAGGAGGAGAAUGGACUCAAACUCCUCGUUGGAUUGGCCUCACUUGGAUUUGCUGAAUUACAACAGGACGUACAAGUACCUUUACCUGGAAGGAAAUGUCUCCUACGUGGACUUCUACCUCCACCAGCCUUGGGUGGCUGCUGUUUUCAUCACCUCCUACCUGCUCAUCUUCCUCCUGUGCAUGGUGGGCAACGGGGGGGUUUGUUUCAUCGUGCUGUGGAGCAGGCACAUGCGCACGGUCACCAACCUGUUCAUCCUGAACCUGGCCGUCAGUGACUUGCUGGUGGGGCUCUUCUGCAUGCCCACCACCCUCCUGGACAACAUCAUUGCAGGGUGGCCCUUUGGGAGCCUGGUGUGCAAGAUGAGCGGGAUGGUCCAAGGCAUCUCUGUUUCUGCCUCUGUCUUCACUCUGGUUGCUAUUGCCAUGGACAGGUUCCGCUGCAUCGUGCACCCCUUCAAGCCGAAGCUGACCGUCCCCGCCGCCGUGGCCACCAUCGCGGUGAUCUGGGCGCUGGCCGUGGCCAUCAUGUGUCCCUCGGCGGCGCUGCUGCGGCUGCGGCAGGAGAAGCGCUUCCAGCUGCUCCUGGGCACGGGCAACGCCACCCGCCCGGUGUUCUGGUGCCGGGAGGAGUGGCCCGAGCCGGCCAUGAGGAAGGCCUACACCACGGUGCUCUUUGCCAACAUCUACCUGGCUCCGCUGGCGCUCAUCGCGCUCCUGUACGCCAGGAUCGGCGUUUCCCUGUGCCACGCCGCCGUGCCCGGGGCCGGGAAGCGCGGCCGGGAGCAGCAGCGGGGAGCGUGGAGGAGGAAGCGGAAAGCCAUCCACACGCUCGUCCUUGUCACCCUGCUCUUCGCCCUGUCCUGGCUUCCCCUGUGGAGCCUGAUGCUGCUGUCGGACUACGGCAGCCUGUCGGACGUGCAGCUGCGGCUGAUCAAUGUGUACAUCUAUCCCCUGGCUCACUGGCUGGCCUUCUCCAACAGCAGCGUCAACCCCAUCAUCUACGGCUUCUGCAACCGGAGCUUCCGCCGCGGCUUCCAGGCCGCGCUCCGGCUCCAGCUCUGCUCCAGGCCCGCCUGUGCCCAGCCAGCCCCGGGCCAGGCCGCCCUGCCCGCCGGCCCAGGAUCCCCCUCCCCACACAGCCAAGGGAGGAAACUGGGUCAAUAAGCAGCAGGAUUUGCUGAUGGAGGAGCUCAAAGGCAAUGGGAUGGAGUGAAAGGCACUGUGAUUCUGGCAAUCUCUCUGUUCCCCAUGGAACAGGGCUGCUUGAACCCUGUUUGUGGUCACAUUUCAUUCCUGUGAGGAAUCCCUCAUCCUGUAACUCUCAUGGACUGAAAUACUGCAGACCCAGUCUGGCACCCAGAGACCCCUGGAUUAUCUCAUGGUUGUGCUUCUUCCUGGACAUUGUGAACGCUGGGUCCUGCUCAAAUGACAAAAUUUAGCAUUUUCUGUCACAUUCCAUUUAUUCCCCUUGGUUGCUGUUAUUUCUGUCACGUCCAUUAUUAUUGCAGCUAGAGAAACAAGUGGAAAUGGAAAUUCGAGAAAUAAAGGAUAAAAAAAUUGG